GCGGCGAGAGGCAGGACCCAGCACACAGCACACAUGCACAGAGAGCUGGAAGGUUGAAGGCACAGACCGACUGUGUGGUUUCAGAUCAAUGUGGACUAAGGCCAAGAAGACAAUGGGUUUACAUGUAAAUGCAGACUCCACCUAUCCAGUCAACAGUGAGCUAAGGGUUGUCCUGCUGGGGAAGACUGGAUCAGGAAAGAGUGCAACUGGAAACACCAUCCUGGGAUUCAAUGCUUUUGAAGCAGAGGCAUCGCCUUCAUCUGUGACAAAGACAUGCAAAAAGGAAACAGGCCACUUCAAUGAAAGGACUGUGAGUGUUAUUGACACCCCUGGGAUCUUUGAUACGUCCACUGAUGAGAGCACGUUGAAAAAAGAAAUCGAGAACUGUAUCAUGCUGUCGCUCCCCGGACCCCAUGUGUUCCUGCUUGUGAUCAGGCUGGAUGUGCGCUUCACGGAUGAGGAGAGGAAGGCUGUUCAGUGGCUCAAGGACAACUUUGGUGAGGAAGCUGCCAAGUACACAAUGGUGCUUUUCACCAGGGCUGAUAUUCUAAAGGGGAGCUCUGUUGAGACGUAUGUGGAAAAAAGUCCAGAGCUCAUAAAGCUCAUUAGGGAUUGUAAAACAGGGUAUGUUGAGUUUGACAACACCUGUAAGGAAAAUCGCAGUCAGGUUUAUGAUCUCUUUGAAAACAUUGACAGGAUAGUGAGUGUCAAUGGGAACCAUUAUACAAGCACCAUAUAUGAAGAGGCCCAGAAAAAGCUGGAGAAGGAAAUAUGGCUGGGAAAGAUGGAAGACCGUAUCAUCACUGUUAGCAAUUACGUGAUGAUAGCAGCAGCAGGUGCCACAAUUGUAGCCGCUCCUGUGCGAGCAGUGCGAGCAACUGUAAUGCUGGUAGGAGCAGGGGCUGCGUUCAUCGGAGGGUGGAUGAAAUCUAAACCAAAGAAAGACUAAAGCUAAUUUUUGCCUAGAUGUGACCCUAAAAGUCAACAUGUAUUCAUUGCAUUUGUUGCCUUAUAAAAUCAUGUUUAGAAAUACAAUGUAACAGCUUUUCUUUGCUAUAAUAUUUAUAAUUAGAUACAUAUUUAUCACAGCUUAUUAACUCUGAAAAAUGUGAUGCACUGUGAUGAGCCAUUAAAAUGUAAGGUUUCACUACACAGCUUGUUAACACUUUGAAAGUUAAAUUUGAUAUGUAAAAGACAAAUUAAACCUAUGGAGGGAAAGCACA